ACAUUAUAAUUGAGCAGAUUCAUGCUACAUGUGGAUUAACUGAAAUCAUUUUCCUCUUACCGAAUACUGCACCAUAAAAUGUCCGUCUACACAGAGGAUUAUUUGAAGCAGAAGCUUAUCGACAAGCUGGAGGCGACUCAUGUGGAAGUUAUAGACGAAUCGGAUGGUUGCGGUGGAAAAUUCAGCGCAGUAAUCGUCUCCCCACAAUUCCAAGGAAAAGCUCUGCUCCAGCGACAUAGAUUAGUGAACACAACGCUAGCAGAAGAGCUGAAAACCAUCCACGCCUUUUCGCAGAAGACUUAUACACCGGAACAGUGGGCAGCUGAAGGCAAUUAGCACUACCUCCUUAAAUAAGUCACGUUUCGGUUUCAUUUUCCAA